AUGUCUAAAGACGUCAUGCCCAACCCGGCGCAUAUCGACGCCGAUACUCUGCUAUCUAGGAAAUUCGGCAAGGAGACAGUGAACUAUUUCUCUAGCUCACCAUUAAAUCGGGUAUCAUUCCUACGGUCUGAUAACCUCUUCUUAUCAAGUGCCAUCAAGCACCCCUCAGCCAAGUUUCUGUUAUUCAAUCAGCUUGCGCCUCUUUCUCAAGGCCCUACACAACUAUAUUACGCAUCAUACCAGGAAAUAGAAGCAAUCGUACCUUUGGAUAUAUUCGAUAAACCUGAAAAGGAAAUUAUUGAAGCCUAUGACUCAGGCAAAACCGCUCCCUUAGUAGUAUUUUUGGGAUUGAAUGAAUCACAAGCGGAAAAUGGAUUCAUCUAUAAAAGCUACAAGGGAGUCCCAUAUUUCGCUCUCGAUAUCACCCCACGGGGAAUCCUGGAGGAGAAAGCCAAACAGAUAAUUGGGGCCAUGGAGUCGAAGGAGCUCACUUUCAACAAGGCAAGGGCAAUUACUUCCUUGCCAUCAGAUGAUGCUGCCAUAUAUGCGCAAGCUCGGCAGACAAUAGACUGGAAUGUUCGUAAUGCAUUCUGCGGAGCAUGUGGACAAAAAACCAUCUCAAUAAAUGCGGGAUCCAAACGAGCCUGUCCUCCAACUGACCUCGGGCUCCUGCAAAAUGGGGAAUUGACGGAUAGCUCUCGUCCUCCAUGCCAUACCCGCAACGCGAUUUCGAACCUCUCCUUCCCACGAACGGACCCAACCGUCAUUGUAGCAGUAGUAUCUCAUGAUGGGGAGAAAGUGCUCCUUGGGCGCCAAAAAAGAUAUCCACCAUACUGGUACUCGACAUUAGCGGGUUUCAUUGAGCCGGGAGAAUCUGUUGAAGAUGCCGUCAGGCGCGAGGUCUGGGAAGAGUCUGGGGUUAUUGUAUCACGGGUUGUCAUCCACAGUACUCAACCAUGGCCUUAUCCAGCCAACCUUAUGAUUGGCGCCAUUGGCCAGACUGCAAAACCCGAAGACGAAGUUGUAAAUCUCGAUCAUGAUCCAGAGUUGGAAGAGGCGAAAUGGUUUGAUAUUGCUGAAGUUCAAGAGGCUUUGAAAUAUGGGGUAAGCUCCCUGGCGGCGCCACCGCCACCCGGGUAUAAGGAGGGCGGCCUACGACUGGCACCAAGCACGGCUAUUGCAUACUUCCUUAUUGAAGCUGCCGCGAAGACCGAGCUUCUUGGAAAUCAGUAUCUGCCUAGGAUAUAA